AUCCAUCUCGGGGUUCAACUAGUAUUUUCUCCAUUAUUUGUAAGCAAUUUUUAAAUAGUAUUUAUAAAUUUGUAACUUUAAAUAAACGAAGAAUUGUAUACGAACAACGGAACUCGUGUUGAAUAUAAAGAUACAAGGUUAUAAAAUUUUCAGUGAUAAUUGGAAUGUUUAAUUCAGUGAAAUAUUAUGAUGAAAUCAAGAUGUAUCAUAUUAUAUAUUUAAUGAAUAUAGAAGUGCUUUAGCUGAUUAAUCAAUUUUUUGAAGAUACUACAUAACAAUCAUGUCAUUUUGUAUGAGACUUGCUCGCAGUAAACCCAUCCGUUUAUUAGGAGGCAUAGCUAUGAAAUGUUGGGCUUUCUCUGGAACUUAUAUACUUGCCUGUUUUCUUCUAUAUUGGUUGUAUGGUGGAUUUUCUGCUUUCUUUCUACUUUGCUUUGCAACUACAGGUAUAUUAUAUCAUAGAGAAGAUCAACUUGUAUAUCGUCCAGAGUCACCUGCUAAUUCUCGGGUAUAUGUUCCUGCACCUUCAAUAUUCAAUUUACCUUAUCAAAGUAUUUAUACUAGAUCAGGAGAUGGUACAAUGUUACAUAUGUUUUUUAUUUCUCAACCAGAAGAUAGAGUGAAAAAGGUGCCUACUUUAUUAUUUCUUCAUGGCAAUGCUGGUAAUGUAGGACAUAGAUUAAAAAAUGCAGUUGGAUUAUAUCAUACUAUACAAUGUAAUAUUUUAAUGCUAGAAUAUAGAGGCUAUGGUUUAUCACAAGGUUCACCAUCUGAAGAAGGUUUAUAUAUGGAUGCUCGUGCAGGAAUUGAUUAUUUGUCAAGUAGAACUGAUAUAAAUACAAAUGAAAUAAUUGUAUUUGGUAGAUCAUUAGGUGGAGCUGUAGCUAUUAACUUAGCUACAGAACCAGAAAAUUCACAAAGAAUUUGGUGUCUUAUUCUUGAGAAUACUUUUACUAGUAUUCCUGAUAUGGCUGCAUUACUUUUUGGAUUAAAAUGUUUACAAUACUUACCUCUUUUUUUAUAUAAAAAUAAGUAUUUGUCCAUUCUCAAAGUGCGAUCAGUAACAGUACCUACGCUAUUUAUUUCUGGUCUAGCGGAUACGUUAGUGCCAUCAUAUAUGAUGCAAGAUCUUUAUAAAAAUUGCAAAAGUCCAUGUAAAAAAAUACUUUCGAUUUCGGGAGGUACACACAACGAAACAUGGUGUCAACCGCGAUAUUACAAAAAUAUAUGUAAUUUUCUAAAUGAAUUGAGAGAAAAUCCUCCAAUUCCAGUGACAUCUAGUCAUUGGCAAAUAGACGAUAUAUAAUUACAAAUUGUAAAACUUACGUCCAAAGCGAUAACUAUAUUUUGAAGAUUUCAAUUAGGUUAGCAGAAUAAAAAAAUAGAUAAUAUUUAAAUACAUUAUAAAUUUUUAUUGCAAUUAAUCAAUUUAAUUAUAAACAUAAUUUAGUUUAUAAUUGAUAAGGAUCAAUCUUUUACAUUAAAAUAUUUUAUUAAAUGUAUACUAAGAUAGUAAUAUUACAAAUGUAUAAUAUUUAAAAUCAUCAAAAUAUUACAAUUUAAAUUUAAUCAAUUCUGUCCUGCAAUUAAAAUUUGCAAGUAAUUAAAUAAAAUUUUAAAUCCUUCCAAUAUUUCAAUACUUCCAAAGCAUUUUGCCAAGUAAAUAUAAUUAAAAGAACAUUCAAAUAAUCUUAAUUAAUUAUUUUCAUUGAAAAUAAACUGUUUUUGUAUUAGAAAUAUAUUAUAGAAAAUUAUGCGAAUAUUUAUGUAUUUAUAUGUAUGAAUUAUAAAUAUAUGUAUAUUUAUUUUAAUAUUUUGAUGUUCAUAAUAAAUAUAGGAGUAUUAUUAUCAUGCGCGCUCACACACACACAGAGGAAGGAGAGAAUAUAUAUAUGUAUACAUGUAUAGAAAUAACAUUUUAUUUAUUUAUAUUUUUUCAAUAAUAAUGAUAUUAAAUUUGAAUAAAAACAAAAUUGCAUAUAAAAUAACUCAUAUGAUAAGUACAAAUAUAAUAUAUAAAAUUACAAAUUUUUUUAAUGAAUUUAAUACUAUUUGAUUUUUAUUAUUAUUUAUGCAUUUAUUAACAUUUUUAAUUAAUAAAAUAUUUUAACAAAUAAUAAUUCUUAAAUAGAUUGUUAUUAAUUUAAAGAUAAAUAUAUGAUUCUAUUAAAUUAAGAAAAAAUAUGUUAUUUACUGUUACAUAAAUCAUUUUCAUAAACGAAACUUUUAUAAAAUGUAAAUAUAUUGAGACUUUAGAAAGAAUUAAGAAAAUUUUUUAAAGAAAAUAUGUAAAAAUUGUACAAGAAAAAAAUAAAUUGAACUAAAAAACGAUAAA